AUGAGCAAUACAAAGGAUGUUGAUGCUGAUGCGUCAAACUUAUUAGCAAGCCUUUCGGUGUCGAAGGAAAAGAAAGAAGAUACUAGCAACAUAUUGGCCGGACUAUCACUUAAUGGAGACGAAUCUAAUAAGAAGGAGGGUAGUGGCGUGAAAGAUACAGAAUCAGAUAAGCAAAAAGGAAAUGGAAAGGUCGAGAAAGUCGAGAAAGAUGAAAACAAGGACAAGUCUCAGUCCGAGGCCAAGGAUGAUUCCAAGCGUGAGACUAAUCUUAUUGAGAACAGGUACGAAGUCGAGGUGAAAUUGGAUGAUAUUCAAGCCGACCCCAAUUCCCCGCUUUACUCUGUUAAGUCGUUUGAAGAAUUAGGUUUAAAGCCGGAGCUCCUUAAAGGUCUUUAUGCCAUGAAAUUCAAUAAGCCAUCAAAGAUUCAAGAGAGAGCAUUACCUUUACUUAUUUCGAAUCCGCCAAAAAACAUGAUUGGCCAAUCGCAGUCGGGUACUGGUAAAACUGCUGCUUUCUCAUUGACGAUGCUUUCACGUGUUGAUGAAUCAAUCAAAGCACCGCAAUGUAUUUGUUUAGCUCCAACAAGAGAAUUGGCUAGACAAACAUUAGAAGUUGUUGAGACCAUGGGAAAGUAUUCCAACAUUACUUACCAAUUGGUGGUGCCAGACUCUGUGCCAAGAGGGCAGGCCAUCAGUGCACAAGUCCUUGUUGGUACGCCAGGUAUAGUACAUGACCUUAUUAAUCGAAAAGCAAUCAAUGUGGCGAAAGUGAAAGUUUUUGUUUUGGACGAGGCUGACAAUAUGUUGGAUGCCCAAGGUUUAGCCGACACGUGUCUUCGUGUGAAGAAAAGAUUACCAAGAGAUUGCCAAUUGGUAUUGUUUAGUGCAACAUUCCCUACUGAGGUGAGGAAGUAUGCUGAAAAAUUUGUUCCUAAUGCUAACUCGUUGGCCUUGAAACAAGAGGAGUUGAAUGUAAAAGGUAUUAAGCAAUUGUACAUGGAUUGCAAGAAUCAAGAACACAAGUUUGAGGUCUUGUGUGAAUUGUAUGGGUUAUUGACUAUUGGCUCAUCGAUCAUAUUUGUUGAGCAAAAAGCCACUGCUGAUAGCUUGUAUCUUAGGAUGAAAGAAGAGGGCCAUACUGUUUCGAUUUUGCAUGGUGGCUUGGAAGUUGCCGAUAGAGACCGAUUGAUUGAUGACUUUAGGGAAGGUAGAUCGAAAGUAUUGAUUACGACGAAUGUUUUGGCAAGAGGUAUAGAUAUCGCCACUGUCUCAAUGGUGGUCAACUACGAUUUACCACGUACCAAAGAGGGACGUCCAGACCCUUCGACUUAUUUGCAUAGAAUCGGAAGAACCGGUAGAUUCGGUAGAGUUGGUGUUUCUGUGUCAUUUGUUGCCAACGAAAAAGAUUACCAAACUUUGAAAUAUAUUGCAGAGUAUUUCGGCAUAGAAGACCAAAUGACGGUGGUGCCAACUGAUGACUGGGACGAAGUGGAAAAAAUCGUCACUAGAGUUAUUAAGGAAAAGAAAAUGACAUAG